UGUGGUGAAGGAAGGGAAGCGUGCGUCUCCUCUCCAUCACAUUUCACUUUUUCAAACAGUGACGGGGAAUCAAAGAAGGCAGGAUGUAGAAUCCGUCAGACACAGACCGUUUCUUCAGAGUCUUGCGGUUAAUUCUGCUGCUUUCAGUCGCGUUUUUUUCGCUCUGCUCGGUGCGGGAGUCUGCCGAUCGGUGAAGAAGAGAGGUGUUGCUCGCUGCCGGAGCUCGCUGGAUGGAUCCGAGCUCAUCCUUUCUCACUUACAACUGAGGACUCGGUUUGGAAGAGUUGGGAUUUUGUUCCCUCCUCCACUCCAUCUCCUUUUCUAUGCCAGAUCAUUUUCAGGACAGUUAAGUCUGAAGGUGUGGAAGACUUUGCUUCACAAUGGCAACAGGAGUAGCAGCGUGGCUCCCCUUUGCCAGGGCUGCAGCAAUUGGCUGGAUGCCUGUGGCCAACUGCCCCAUGCCUAUAGCGCCAAGAGACAACAGCAAGAAACAAGAUGAACUUAUCAUCCUCAAUGUCAGCGGCCGUCGUUUUCAGACCUGGAGAACAACAUUGGACCGCUACCCAGACACCCUACUGGGCAGUUCUGAGAAAGAUUUCUUUUACAACGAGGAAACCAAGGAGUACUUUUUCGACCGGGACCCUGACGCCUUCAGAAGCAUUCUCAACUUUUACCGAACGGGAAAGCUCCAUUAUCCUCGUCACGAGUGCAUCUCGGCCUAUGAUGAGGAGCUGACUUUCUUUGGCAUCAUACCUGAGAUCAUCGGUGACUGCUGCUAUGAAGAAUACAAGGACAGAAAGAGGGAGAACUUAGAGCGGCUGCAGGAUGAUCAGGAAGAGAAUAUGGACCUGAAGAUGCCCAACAUGAACUUCAGAGAGACCAUGUGGCGCGCCUUCGAAAACCCCCACACCUCCACCAUGGCCCUGGUCUUUUACUAUGUCACUGGGUUCUUCAUUGCUGUCUCGGUCAUCACGAAUGUGGUGGAGACCGUGCCCUGUGGUGCUACUGCCAAUCAGAAAGACAUGCCAUGUGGCGAACGCUACACUGUCGCGUUCUUCUGCAUGGACACCGCCUGUGUUAUGAUUUUCACCGUGGAGUAUCUGUUGCGCUUGUUUGCUGCACCUAGUCGUUACCGCUUCAUGCGCUCUGUGAUGAGCAUCAUCGACGUGGUGGCUAUCUUGCCAUAUUAUAUUGGUCUUGUGAUGACCAACAACGAGGAUGUCAGCGGCGCCUUCGUGACACUGCGUGUGUUUCGAGUGUUUCGUAUCUUCAAGUUCUCCCGCCACUCGCAAGGCCUGCGGAUCCUGGGUUAUACACUCAAGAGCUGCGCUUCGGAGCUGGGCUUCCUCCUCUUCUCACUCACCAUGGCCAUCAUCAUCUUUGCCACGGUCAUGUUUUAUGCAGAGAAGGGCUCCAGCUCCAGCAAGUUCACCAGCAUCCCAGCUUCAUUCUGGUACACUAUUGUCACCAUGACGACGCUGGGGUAUGGGGACAUGGUGCCAAAGACAAUUGCUGGAAAGAUCUUUGGCUCCAUCUGCUCCCUGAGUGGCGUCCUGGUGAUCGCUCUGCCCGUCCCUGUCAUUGUCUCCAACUUCAGCCGCAUCUACCACCAGAACCAGAGAGCAGAUAAACGGCGUGCUCAGAAGAAAGCCAGACUGGCCAGGAUAAGAAUAGCCAAGACCGGCAGCGCCAACGCCUUCCUUCAGAGCAAACGCAACGGACUUCUCAACGACCUGCUGGAGCUGACGGGUACAGAAGAAGAUGAGCAGAAGCCAACCCAGAAGUCCAUCUCUCUGUUAGAGAGCCAACACCACCACCUACUGCACUGUCUGGAGAAAACAACAUUUAGCUAUGGUAACCUGUGCAGACCUGUGCAACAAGACACAGAAGACACUGGUUCGUACUACAGUUUGAGGACAGGACAGGAUUUAGAUCAUCAUGUAAAGGCUCACGAGUUUGUGGACGAGCUGAUAUACGAGCAGAACUGUUUGGAAACGGCUCUGCAGACCUAUCCCUCACGCAGUCCCUCUGUAUCCAGCCAUGACAGCUCCACACGUACCUGUUGUAGUCGAAAGAGAAAGAGAAAUGUUCCUCUGCCUAACACCAGCCUGCACACCACCCAUUCAACCCACCAGGGCCCGCUGCAGGAGCUCAGUGCCAUCCGCAUACAGUGUGGUGACCCACUGUCGCACACCGCCAGCCGCUCCAACCUCAACCUCAAAACUGACGAGAGCAGCAGGAUCAACUGCAAAAGUGGCCGGAUCACCACAGCCAUCAUCAGCCUCCCAACACCCCCUGCUUUAACCCCUGAUGGAGACGGGCUCCACGGGCCCCCACAGCGGAGGCCGCCCCAACCUCCAAGUCACCCACCACCCUUGAGCAUUCAGACCACAACAAGCUCAGCUGGCGCCAACAUCGUCAAAGUCUCGGCUCUGUGACUGUGUGGCUGACAGAUGUAACUCACCCCAGCAGGGGGAAGAAAAGAAGAGGAGGAGGAAGCAGGUAACACUACAUUCAUGGACGUACCGUGUUCCCUAAUACAGGGUCAGUGAGAAGAGGGGUGUACUCCAGAGGACUCACCAGUUAUGGAGACAUUAUUGAGGUAGAGGACUGUAGAUAUGUGACCUGAGAAUCACGCUCGUGUCAUGUCGUGUAUGUACUGUAGAUACGAUGAGAGCUGCUGCAUUUCUAAACGUUUCCUACGGCAGUGGAGAUGGUGGAAAAUAACUGACGAUAUUGUGCAACUGGCAGAAACAUCAGCAAACCCUGUUGGCCAUCACAAAUUCACAGUAAAUUUGACGUGAAUUCACAGUGGAAAAAGAAGAUUUGUUGGAUUAAAUACUGAAGAACAAAGCUGUUGAAGCGGAUCGGUCAUGUUUGUGUUAUGUGAUUGUCUAUAGUAUUUUGAGAAACAUAAACUGUUUUAGUUUAAAGUCGCCAUGCCUGAUGCUGCUAAUAUCAUCCCUGUAAUGUGUAUUUCAUUUGUUGCAGACUGGAAACAGCGUUUCUUUGUUUUCGUUGGAUAAUUGUAUCGAUACAUUAUGUUGAUUGCUCAAACCAAACUGGGAUUUUAGUUGUAUUUUGAAAAAUCCCACUGAAUGUGGACUGAAGGCUGACGGUCUUCGUACUGCAUUGAAACAGAGCAGUGGUUCUCAGCCUUGAGCUGACCGGAGAAUUACUAUAAAGCAAACGUGUAAUUUAAUGUUGAAGGAUGAGGUUACAGUACAUCCCAUGAAAAGACCAAAACCAACCACUUGAUUAGUUGAAAUUCAUUCAUCCUAAUCUUAACUGUUUGUGUUACAAAAACACAGGAAAAUAACUUGUUUUAAAUAAUUUUCUCCUGCAGAUUUAUAUAUGUGUUGCAGUAGUUUGUACAGCAGAAGGACAAUGUGCAUGAGGGUUCUGACAUGUUAAUGUAAAGAAGAAACAAGCCAUGCAGUGAAACAGUGAUAAUAAUAAAAGGUAUAUAACAUGGCACAUUUUGGGAGGGGAAAUACUACAACAUUUGGUUUCAGUAUAACAGCAAGUUUUAGUAAGGCCAGGAUACUGAAUAACAUGAUUGUAUCGACAGUGUCCCAGAAUGAAGUAUCGUUUAUGGCUCAGUCACACUACAGUAAAACUGUUGCAUUCAGCAACCGAUUGCAGGUAGUUUCAAAAACUAACUGGGUGCCCAAUUUUGAUUGUAAGGUGAUUUUGUAGGUUACCUGCUCCGUGGCAACCUGUGUCCAAACAGUCUGACUCAAACCGACUCCAGUCACUCUCACACAGACUGGUUAAAGCUUGCAAAUAAUUGCCGUCUAAUUUAUAAAUGUAGACAGAUUGCCAACAAGUAGCAAUCAAUCUGAGUCAGUCUGUGCAGGACUCAUCUGUGCCUCAUCUCUUUGCAGUUGAUUUUAACACCAAUUGUUGCCAACUGCUUGUGUUCCUAAAUAAAAGCAAAGCUGCAUCUGUAUCAUUUCGCUGUCCUGCAGCAACCAUCACAUCACUAUUUGUGGAGAAAUUUCAGAAUUUCUGUUUCGAGUCUAUGAGGUUGUAACUGGACUCUGAAUGUAAGUAGUUCAUUUAAAUUUCUGUUGAGUGUAAAUUUCUGUGUAUGUAGAUAGCAACAGAUUUGCAACAGACAGCAACAGAUUCACAAUUUGCCAACUGGAGCCCCUUCUGUCACAAACUGACAGCAAACUGAAGACGGCAACUGGGGUUGCAGACCUGGUGCCCAUCUUUGAAAAAGCCAUUUUGAAGGAAGCAAGAUUUCAAGUCAACUGCACACACUCACAAUAUCUUUGGUGUCAUGCUCUCCAAGCACUCUUUCCUGGUGUGACUGUAGCAAUUUCCAAUCUUAAUAACACCAAAAUUUAAUUUCAAAUAUCAAAAAAAGUAUUUUCAAUUUGUUUUUCACAACUUAAGAUUGGAAAUCGUGUUUGCACAGAUUCACUUUGAUCGUCUCUUGAUUUUAAAUCACUGCAUUUCACCUUUUUUCCUGCCAUUGGCAACAUUGGGGAAACUUUACAGAUCAAAUUAGGUCACAUACAUGGCAUGAAUUGAUAGGAUGUUUACAUUUAAAUAGCCAUCAU